AUGCCAGCCCCUACAUCCGCUCCUCGAACCCUCUACGACAAAGUGUUCGACGAUCACGUCGUAUACUCAGGUGAAGGUGAUACCCUCUUGUAUAUCGACCGACAUCUAGUCCACGAAGUCACUUCGCCACAGGCGUUUGAAGGGUUGAGAAAUGCUGGUAGACAAGUGAGGAGACCGGAUUGUACCCUUGUGACAGUUGAUCACAACAUCCCCACCGCAUCUCGAAAGAACUUCAAAGAUGUCAACUCCUUCAUCGUAGAAGCCGACUCGAGGAAUCAGGUGUCUGCUCUUGAGGACAACGUGAAGGAGUUUGGUCUUACCUACUUUGGAAUGUCAGAUAAGAGACAAGGUAUCGUACACAUCAUUGGUCCUGAACAAGGUUUCACUCUUCCUGGUACCACAGUAUGUUGUGGUGAUUCUCACACUUCCACGCACGGUGCUUUCGGUGCCCUCGCUUUCGGUAUCGGUACAUCCGAAGUCGAACACAUUCUUGCCACCCAAACCCUCCCUCAAGCCAAAUCGAAGAACAUGCGAGUAACCGUCGAAGGCAAAGUCGCUGAAGGUGUCACCUCGAAAGAUAUCGUGCUCCACAUUAUCGGUGUGAUUGGUACAGCCGGUGGUACAGGAUGUGUCAUCGAAUUUGCUGGUUCAGCCAUUCGAGAACUGUCCAUGGAAUCUAGGAUGUCAAUCUGUAACAUGUCUAUUGAAGGUGGUGCCAGAGCUGGUAUGAUCGCUCCUGAUGAGAUUACCUUCAAGUACCUCAAAGGCCGACCACUCAGUCCAAGAGAAGGAGAAGAAUGGGACAAAGCCGAGGCUUACUGGCGAUCACUCAAAUCCGAUCCAGGAGCCAAAUACGAUAUCGAAGUUGAGAUCCGAGCUGAAGACAUCAUCCCAACCCUUACUUGGGGUACCUCACCUCAAGAUGUUGUACCAAUCAACGGUGUCGUACCAUCUCCCGAAGACUUCCCCGAAGCUCAGCGAAAGAACGUUAUCAGAUCUCUCGAAUACAUGGGUCUCACACCUGGUACACCCAUGGAAGAAGUCAAGAUCGACAAAGCGUUCUUCGGAUCAUGUACCAACGGACGAAUUGAGGAUAUGCGAUCUGCUGCUCGAGUCAUCCUUGCCGCUGAGAAGAACGGUGGUCCCUCGAAAGUUGCUGAAGGUGUUUACGCUAUGAUCGUUCCCGGAUCUGGUUUAGUGAAACAACAAGCCGAAGCUGAAGGUUUAGAUGUAAUCUUCAAGAAAGCUGGAUUCGACUGGAGAGAAGCUGGUUGUUCUAUGUGUCUCGGUAUGAACCCUGAUCAACUUAAACCUGGAGAACGAUGUGCUUCGACCUCCAACCGAAACUUUGAAGGACGACAGGGUGCAGGUGGUAGAACACACUUGAUGUCACCUGCAAUGGUCGCUGCUGCUGCUCUUACCGGUAAAUUCACCGAUGUACGAAAAUUCAUGGGUACUCAUCUUAGUGAAGAUGCUGGAUUGAAGAUUACCGAUUACUCAGAUUAUCUUACGCCAGUCGAAGCUCCUGCCCGACCAGCGGAACCCACCGAACAGACUCCUCAAGGUCAGACUCCCGUCAAAGCUGCUGCUGCCGCCUCAGCUGGUUUACCCAAGUUCAAUGUUGUCAAAGGUAUCGCUGCGCCAAUGUGGGAAGCCAACAUCGACACCGAUAAGAUCAUUCCUAAACAGUUCCUUAAGACUCUUCUCAGAACUGGUUUAGGUGCCGCUCUCUUCUGGACGAUCAGAUAUGACGUACGAACCAAUGAACCUCUCCCUGAUUUUGUACUGAACAAAGACCCUUGGAACAAGUCCUCUUUGCUUGUUUGUACUGGACCUAACUUCGGUUGUGGUUCUUCGAGAGAACACGCUCCAUGGGCUUUGAACGAUUUCGGUAUUAGAUGUAUCAUGGCUCCUUCCUUUGGUGAUAUCUUCAAGACCAACUGCUUCAAAAACGGAAUGUUACCUCUUGAACUCCCUCAAUCCGAUCUCGAAGCAUUAUACGAAGAUGCUUCUGCUGGACUUGAGAUAGCCGUCGACCUAGAGAACCAACAAGUUAUUCGACCCAAUGGUAAACCUCCGAUCCCCUUCACGGUUGAUGCAUUCAGGCGACACUGUCUAAUCAAUGGUCUGGACGACAUCGGAUUAACCCUUGAACACAGGGAUGAAAUUGAAAACUUCGAAGAGAAACGAACGCAAGUUUGGCCAUGGUUGGACGGUGUAGGAUACGCUAAGAAAGGCCAGAAGAUUGUUGCUUUGCCUAUCAAGAAAUCGGCACCUAAAACUGAUUGGUAA